UAAAGGACGACGGGAGUUUGAGGACGAGGUAAAUAUGUAUCGCGCGCUGUGCCGUUAGCAUGGUUUGUUUGAUUGUUAUUUUGUUCACCUUGAUAUUAGACACUGUUUUGUAGAAUCCUCGACCCUGUCUGUAAACAAAAAUAUGUAUUCUUCGGUGCAUAUAUGUAUGUAUACGGUAAUGCGCAUGUAACGGUAUUACCUUAGUAGCUAGUUAACGGAGUAACGUUUUGACGUCAAACGUGUGUGUUGGAUAGACAGAUGCACUACAUACAGUUGAAUUGAUUUGGAUGCCCCAUCCUGCUGUAGAUUUCAGCCAUGAGUGUGCUGCUGGUGGAGGCUUUCUACGGCGGCUCUCACAAGCAGCUGAUGGACCUUCUGCAGGAAGGUGUAGAAGACUGCGUGGUUUACACGCUUCCUGCUAAGAAAUGGCACUGGAGGGCCAGAACGGCAGCGCUGCAUUUCAUGCAGGCUGUCCCAAGCAGCCAAGCAUACAGGAUUUUAUUUACAAGCUCUGUGCUCAACCUCGCCGAACUGGUGGCCCUGCGUCCAGACCUCGCCGCUCUGAAGAAGAUCCUCUACUUUCACGAAAACCAGUUGAUUUAUCCGGUCCGCAAAAGCCAAGAGAGAGACUUCCAGUAUGGCUACAACCAGAUCCUUUCAUGCUUGGUGGCGGACGUGGUCGUGUUUAACUCAGCGUUCAACAUGGACUCGUUCCUGUCCUCCAUCUCCAGCUUCAUUAAGACGAUGCCCGAUCACCGACCCAAAGGCCUGGAGGACCUCAUCCGGCACAAAUGCCGCGUCCUUUACUUCCCCAUCCGCUUCCCCGAUGUCACCAGAUUUCUGCCGGAACACAAGCUCCUGCUGAGACCAACCCAGUCUCGGCAUAAUAUCGACUCACGAGAUACCCGAAAGCAUCCUGAAACAGCAGCAGCCAGACACGAGUGUGCUGCAGAAGACCUGGAGCAUCGACUAGCGUCCAAGCAGCGUUCGGAUCCAGAAAGAGGAAUGCCACGGCCCCUGCACAUCGUUUGGCCCCAUCGUUGGGAACAUGACAAAGACCCUGAGCUGUUUUUCCAGACCUUGCUAAAGCUGAGCGAGCGAGAGCCGAGCUUUGAAGUGUCCGUCCUCGGGGAGACGUUUACCGACGUACCAGACAUCUUCGCCGAGGCUAAGGAACGGUUGGCUCGCCACAUCCGCCACUGGGGUUUCAUGCCCAGUAAGGAGGACUACCUCAGAACGCUAUGCCAAGCAGAUGUUGUCGUUUCCACGGCCAAGCACGAGUUCUUCGGCGUGGCCAUGUUGGAAGCAGUGCAUUGUGGUUGCUACCCACUGUGUCCAAAGGCUCUUGUCUACCCAGAAAUAUUCCCUGGUUCAUAUCUGUACUCAACACCUGAGCAACUCUUUAAGAGACUUAAGGGUUUCUGUAAGCAUCCUCAUUUAGCGAGACAACAUGUUCUUCAGGUGAACACGAAAAGGUUUUCCUGGGACGCUUUGGGACAGGAGUACAGAUCUCUGUUGAUGACAGGUUCCAGCAACACGUCAUGACAGAUGUGCACAUACGAACCUCAAUCGGAUUGACAUGUGAUGUGAAAGGACCAUUUUAGCAGCACUUUAUCAGUAGCAUCCCGUAUCACGGAGUUCUUUUAAAGCACGUCUUUUUUAAAUCGCGUAAAAUUCAUAACUUGAAACUCAUCCAUAAUGCGGUCAUCAUGAGUGAUUGAUUAAUGCGACGCUUAACAGGUAAGUAGUAUAUUAUAAAUGGAAAAUACAUUAAGUACAAAAGGAGUACAAGAAUAAGCAGUCAAAAUGUCCCAAACAUGUCCUACAGGCAACUAAAAUAAAGCAUUACUCAUGACUCUCAUAACAGACACAGCCACAAACCUGCCUCUGCCUCACCACCUCUCCAGUAAAACAACAUCCACAGCACAAGGACCUCAACGCUGAGUUCUUUUACAUGCAUAGUUUUAAGGGAGAGGAGAAAAAAAACAAGAAGUAAAAAAUAAACAACCUAGAAACCUGCGACCGCCGUCCAUGUUUUCCGCUUAGGCGGUGCCACCUCACAUUUCGGUUCAGAUCCAUUUUUAUCCUUUUCGUGCCCGAGCAGAGCUGCACGGCUGGAAUCUUCGCUUCCCACUCAGGCUGAGUGGCGGCCAAAGUUGUGGUUUGAAGCUCUUGUGGGCUGCACCUGGGGUUGCCAGGUUGUGACAGAGUCCCCCAAGGCUCAGAAAAGGUUAAUAGGAGGCCUUCGCAGCGCUGUGGUUGUGUCUAAAUAUAUUCAUAGUGUUUGCGUUUGGAAAUGAACCGCCGUAUAAUUAAGGGGGCCCAAGAACUAGGUAUUUAUAAGUAGUCAAGAAAUGUAAAGAGGAAGAUGAAAUAACAUAUUUCCCUAUAAGUGUGUUUGCAUGUCAACCGCAUGUGAGUGCUUGGACCCUUUGGUCGCUUCCCCCUUUUAAUCUGCGAUGCUGAAAUCGUUUAAGUUGGUCAUUGGGGGAAAAAUUACAACAAUAAAUCCCUUUUUAAACUGUUACCUCUGCCUUUGUGACAUGCAACUAAUACAAAUGUAUUGCUAAUUCAGGUGCAGCAGAUGUGAGAUCGGAAUUAAAGGAAGAAAUGAAAUCAGGUUGUUAUAUAGCUCCCUUAUUUUCUGAGAGCAAAAUGAGGCCCAUCGUUCUUGCUUUUGGCAUAGGACCUGACGCACCUCCGGUUGAAAAAUGGUUCCUAAUAUCUUUGAUCAGCAUUCCUCAUGUGCAACUAUGAUUUUCUUGCCUCCAGAAGAUGCAGAGAGGUUAGCCACUUGAUGGAUGUGUUAUUUCAGGGACAUUCCCACUCAUGGAUUCGUGUACAGUGGUCUCAGUCUCAUAAUCAAGCAUGUGCAAAGAUACUAGUACAAAAGAAUCUUUAAGGGAGAUAAUGUGAUUUCUCACAUUUCGGUUUGGCGAAAGCCAACACCAUGUCUUGCCGUGGUAUGUUAGGCUCCAAAAACGGAUUGCUUUGACCCCUGAGUGCCAGGACAGAUCCAUUGUCGUUUGAGGAUCCUCUCCUGCAGCGCCAGACGAGUCUGGCCAACCUGAGGUCAGGACCUAAUGACGCCGUAAAGCUUAUACCACUGCUGUUUCGGCACUUACAAAAUGUCACCCCACAUAUAAAAACUUAAUAGCAACCUCUGUAAAAUGCAGUAGGCAUUAAGCCCUUUUUUCACUGGCUGUUUUAAUCCAUGUUCCUGCUCCUCACUGACUGUAUCGGAGGAACCGAAGUGACACAAACAGACCAAAACUCAAAGCCUGGUUGCGUGAAAUGGCCUUAUAUUUUCAAGUCAUUUUUGAAGGCUUUUGAAAUGAAUGGACUUAUAAAUGUUAGGCAAACAUUAAAACUCGAUUAGGAUUUGAUAGAAGAAAGGCCCGGUAUAGUAGGACUUUACUAACAUUAAAAAAAAAACCCUCUAGUAUUGCAGUUUCCUGAUUGGCUGUCAAUCCAGUAGUCCAUCAGAUUUGGCAGUUAAGUGUAAUUGUGUAGUAACACUACAAAUUCUGAUAUGCCAAAAACACAGGACAAAUUAAUACAGGUGGCAGAAACGAAGACUUGUCAAGUCCAGCGAUAACUGCCUUUCCACCCACUACUGUACACUGAGCGUCUGGCAGUUUAAUCCCUCACCCACCUCACAGAUUCUCAGUCUUAACAGAAGAUUUGCGGCUGCUGGUUAAAAAUGUGUUUAUCUCGGACAUACCCUUUUACUUUUUCGCAGGACACUGGAUAAAGGGUUUUAAUUCUGACAUUUCUAUAGCUGUGCUUUCUGUGGUCUCUAAUAAAGUUGACUACAACAUAAAAAUUGCAACAGCUGCCCCAAGUUACACGGAAAGGUGUUGAUUGUUGUUGGGAGGAGGUUUGGGGGUGUUUUUUAAAAAAAAAAAUGGAUUAUCAACGCGAAACAGUGGCAUUAAUUUCACGCCCCAGCAGUGAUCCUGCUUCUGUUUGGCUGUUGUUCUAAAACCUGAAAGGGAAAAUUAAAGAAUUAAAUACUUUAAGCAAUGAAUACCUUUAGUGUGUGUGUGUGUGUGUGUGUGUGUGUGUGUGUGUGGUGGGGAAAAAAAAAAAGAAAUGUUCCUCUGAAAUAAAAGAGUAUCGAGGCUAGAUUGUGCAUGAAAUGGGAAUUUUGAUUAGCAGCAAUUUUGGUUUCCUAAACACAGCUUUCGUAUUUUGUCGGCCUUUAGUUCUCGGGCAAAUCAAACGGCCAGAAUGUUAGUUUAAGUGUUACUACAUGUAAAAUCGACUUUAUUAGGAAUGCCAUGCUAAUACUGGUCCUUUGCUUUCAGAACAAGCUCAUCUUUCUUGGUGACAUGGAUUCCACCAGGUGUUGAGAUUCUGGUCCAUGUUGAUAUUCUUGCAUCGCAUAAUUGAUGCAGAUUUGUCAGCUGCACGUUCAUGCUGUGAACCUCAUAUCCCAACACGUCCCAAAGGUGGUCUAUUGGGCUCAGAUUUGGUGACUUGGUCAUCGAUAUAUUCAUGGGACCAGUUUGAGACAAUACCAGCCUGAACGUUGACACCAAAUUCAGAGCCUUACCAUGUUGAAACAGAAAUUGAGUUUCACCAGACCAGGUGACGGUGAUCUUUAGCUGUCCAGUUUCGAUGAGCUUGUGCCCACUGUAGCCUCAGAUUCCUGUUCUUGGCUGACAGGAGUGGAACCUGCUGGGCUUAUUUACCUCAAGGUUCUGCGUGUUGUAUCUUCUGAGUUGCUUUUCUGCUCAUCGCAUUUGUAAAGAAUGGUUAUUUGGGUUCCCGUAGACUUCCUGUCAGCUCAGACAUGUCUGACCGUUCUACUCUGACCUCUCUCUCUCUUCACCAAGGCGUUUCUGCCCUCGAAACUAAUGCGUAGUGGAUUUUCUUCUUCUUCUUUUAUUGCAUAAGAUUUCCUUAUUUUUAUGGCCAUCAUUUUUGAAAGCAUUUGAAAUUAAUUAGUGGAACUUUAAAUUCAAGGGAAACAUUAAAACUCAAUUAGGAUUUGAUAAAAAGAAUGUCAGAUUUGGUGGUUAAGUGUAAUUAUGUAGUAACCCUAAAAAUUCUUAUAUGGAAAAAUAGAGAUGAAAAUGUCACACAGGUGGCAGUAACAAAGACUUGUGAAGUUCAAUGACAACUGUCUGUCCACCCACUACAACUACUCCCACUUCUGUCUGUGCAGACUGGUGUAGGUGAAAAUCCCAGGAGAUCAGCAGUUUCUAAAAUACUCCAACCAGCCCAUCUGGUGCCAACAACCACUGCACAGUCAGAGUCACCGAGAUCACAUUUUCGUCAUGCUUGACGUGAACAUGACCUAAAGUUCUGCAUGAGUUUCUGCAUUAUGAUGCUGCCACAUGUUUGGCUGAUUUGGAUAAAUGCAUGAAUGAGCAUGUUCCUAAUAAAGUGGCCAGUGAGUGUGUGUAUGUAAUAUGUAACCCACUGACCAUUUUUGAUCAUUCUACAAAUCCUUUAAUGCAUAUUCUGUGUACUUAUAUUAAAGACUUACAAGUAGUUAAGAACUAAUGCUAACCAUGCCAGUGUUCCUAAUGUAAAAACAAGGCUGAGGCAAAGCGCUGUCCUUGUGUGACACAGUCAUAUGCUAUCAAUAUGCUGCCAUGUUCUCUUGGAACAUGCUCCCCCUUUUAAUGGGGCCUGGUGGUUAGAACAUGGCAGGCAGUUCACAAGGACACAGCAUUGUUAUGCUUUCAUUUACUUUUUUGAGUCUUUUUUUUCAGCCUUACAAAGACACCCAUUUCCAUGAAGCUCUGCCAAGAGGGAUGGGAAAACAAAAGUGUGUGUUGAGUGUGAGGUGGAGGGGCGGGGGUUCUCGAGUGCGCAGUGGUCUCCGGUUAGAACAUGAAAUCGUUAGACGCGAAGCGUCUUGGCUCGCCUAGGGAAAACACGAAGCCCACAGUCUCCAUCUCGUCCUGAAGUCUGCAUGGCGUCGACUGGUCUUUCACACGGCCCUGAAGUUUACAGGACACCAUGAUGUGAUCCGUUUUCUUAUUGCUUUUGGGUGUGCAAAAAUUAAUGAUGUAUUCAUUUGUUUUUUUUUUUUGUUUUUUUUUGUGCCACAUGGUGAUGCUUAUAGGUUCAUGAUUUGCAUUUGCAGGUCAGUAUUACUUUUGGCCAGAAAUGAGCCAUGUCCAGCCAAGACGACGUAUAAAAGGUGUAUGUAACAGUAGGCCUAUGUAUGUAUGUAUUUUCUUUUUACAGCUUUCUUUCAACAUCAUAUGGAAAACGUAUAUUCUGAAAGACAGAUUUGCAUGUUUAUUAAAGCUCCUGUUGAGGUGUAUUACAUUUGCCCAAAGAAACAUUUUCAGAAGAGAGAAGAAAAAUAAACUUUUAGUCAGCCAGUAUAGUGUAACUGAGCAGUAUGUACUAAUAUUCCGUAUGCACGCGUGAGAGAAACCAGAAUAUCCUGCAGAAUGCAUAUGGGAUCAGCAGGAGCACUAUGCUCCAUUAUGUUUAGAUAGAAUCGAUUCAUGUUCUUUGACUGAAACCCACAAGGCGUCACCAAAUCUCAGCUCCUCUACACAUAGCAGCACAUCCAGCCUUGUUUUUGUUUUAUUUGUGGUGAGCGACAUGUAGCAGUGGAUGUCCCAGUGGCCUGACCCUGCUCAUUCCAGAUCUGGAGAUAACUGGCACUGCCAGGAUGGUCACACUCCAAGCAUCCAGAUGCAUUUCUCCCUCUUUUGUGAAACUUGCAAGCUCGCGUGUCUGGUUUGUGUCGCCCAUCCCCCUUGCUCUCCACUCCCCUUCAUCGCUGCUUGACUCGAUGCCAAAAAAAUGAAGUGUCUGAUUUAGAGCGCUGGCUCUCCACGUAAUUACAGACUCCGUCUUAUCUCUGGGACGGAAUAAAAAACACAUUCAUGCAGCGCUUCUCAGCGUUGGCUUGCGGAGAGUGAAUAAAAAGACACCGCUGUUGGGGAAAUUGGAGAGAACUUUUGGCAGUUUGAAUAGAAACUGAUGUGAUUGUGGCCAUUGCAUAUUCGCUGUGGCAGUUCUGAAGAUCCCUAGAACUAUUUUCACAACAGUGUGCCGACUCGAAGGAUGCAUAUAACUGGCUGAAUAGCUGGUGAGGUUUUAACUUGGUUGACCAAUAUAUGAUUUCCAAACUCCAGCAAAAAACCAUGUAAUCCAAAAUGUUAAGGGGGAAAAAAAAAAAAAGAAAUGAUGCAUGUAAUCGGUAUAUAAAAUGUUUCUAGCUUUCAUUGUUUAGUUUGAACCUAAAGAAAUAUACAGCUGGCACUGCAUGUAAACAUAAUUAAAAAGACAAGGGGAAAAAGAUCACUUUUUAUUUACAAGAGUACACACGUCUUUAUGACACAGUGAUGAUUAAAAAAAAAACAAAAAAAAAAAACAUAAAGAAUCCAUUUUCUUCCCUGCACGUCAAAAAAUCAAAACUGAAAUCAAAUUCUUUUACAUUGUACGAUUUUCGUACGAGACCAUAAAAUCAAUUCAAAAAUCGCACAAAGUAAACAAAAAGGCUUAAGCCUUCACUAAAAAAAGUCAAAACUGAUCAGGAAGUCAAGACAUAGACAUAGAUCUCAAAUCAGAUUGACCUUUAAGUGACCGAACAAAAGAGUUCUGAGUUUUGUACAUUUAUCCAUUCAGGAUGCUAAGUAUUAUUAGCAUACCCCCAUCCCCCCCACACCCUUAACACACACACACAAUUUUCUCUCCCAUUUGGUCAACUCUCCCCUAUCACAUGACAACUACCAAGCAGGGAGAAUGGGGCAAAUACUUGGUUCCUCCAGGACAUGUGAAGCCAACGUCUGCAUCACAGGGCAGCGUAACCCACUCUUCAGAAUGAGGUAUCUGUCCUCUUCUGCAUACAAGAAUUCUCAGAUGCCUACGAUUUGCUUGUGUCUUUAUGACUGACAAGGGAGAGACAAUGUGCCAUCCCUCCCACCCAGAGAGCGCAGCUAAUUUCGCUCUCUUGACACGGCCAUGGAAGGUUGUGG